GGAGUAAGUGGUGUAAGUUUUGGUCCUUAGUCGGCUUGUUUGAAACUGCAGUGGGCUUUUUAUUGGAAAAUCUGGUUGAGGGUAACUCAAGCGGAGGUUAAAGGAUUUCCAUUGUCCUUCGCAGAUAGGUACUUUAGUUGGUGAUUAACAUGAUGAGAUAUGAUUUAUGCAAAUACUGUGGUAAUGAAUCACGUGAUGCAUUUUUACGAGAAAUGACGCAAUCAGUAAGUCUGGAGAAAGUUUGUGUACCAGACCUAGACUUAAUAAUAAGCACACUUGUAAUUUGGGGUGUGAUUAGAGACUUUGUGAAGCCGAUUGCUACUCCUGAUGGAAAGUGACAAAAGUGAACAGCAGCUACAACAACAAGAAAGACUAGUACAGUUGUGAAGAGGUGAUGCACCGUAGAUCAAAGGUACGAGGUCAAAGUGUAGGCCUCAAGGUAAGGCGGGAACAUACCUGUAUGCUUGAAUACAUCUUGACAUUCCGGUCAAUUAGAUGCAUUGACACCUACCUUUUCGCUGUGACGACAAGGAAGUUAGAACAGUGAGAAAUACUGCAAGUACGGUGUUUAGGUUCUUAUACACUAAGUGGGCAGGGACGGCCUUCGAGAAUUGUGGGACUUUAUCCGCUAGUUCUGCUGUUCAACAAGAGACAUGGCGGAAUCUGGUGGUCGGAACCAGGUUGCUACAAUGCAGUGGACUGGAUUUCGCGUCUCCAUGACAACACUGAUGAUGAUUAUGGGUGUGGUGGCUGUGCUGAUUGCGCUCCUACCGGCUAAGGCGCAACAGCCUCAUGACAAAUCCCUUCGGACCACGUCCACACUGACAGACACUGGGGCUAGUGCCGAUGAGGCGGACAUGGGCAGUGCGCGCGUGGCCCCCGAGGGUGGAGUGCGCGUCCGUAAGGCACGUAGCCUCUGGGGACGGCGGCGGCGGCGAGCUAGCUGUCCUUGUGUGUCAUAUUGCCCACGGAGACGCUGUGGUGGUUGGUACUGGUAUCGUCGCUGCCGUGUGGUGGGUCACUACUGCUGCAAUCGCAGGUGUUCCUUUUAUGUGGGAUAAUGCGUCCUACACAGGUACACAAUGUAACAGUCACGUAUGCGACUGGACACGGUUAGACGUUUCAGGUAGCACCUACUACCUUUCGUCAUGGACUGCACAAGAUCUGCAGUUC